AAGCUGGAUCAUUGCCAUUUCAAAGGAUUCAAAAUGGAAAACAAAAACAUUUUGAAAAUAAAUUACAUGCUUUAAAAGAAUGUAAGAAAAUAUAUUUAAAUGGAAGUAAAAGAUUAAGAAUGCUUUAAAGAAGCAAUGGACUGCAUUGUAGAAAUAAUAUAAUUUUAUAGGUGAUGAUAAUGGGAUAGAGAAUUAUGCUAAUUCCUUUUAGGAAAAGCAAAGGCCAAUUUACAAGCAAUGAGAGAUAUUUCUUGGCUCACUGUAAACCUGUUCCUACGCUUUAUAAAUCAUGGGUAUUUCUGACUUACUUUGAAUAUUGUACCUGUCAGUUUAUCUUUUUCUGUCAUAGCUCCAUUUGAGUAUGCAGUUUUGAAACUUCACACUGUGUUUCCACUGUAGUGCACGUAAGUGUCGGCUACUUAACUGGUUAGAGAUGUAUUAUGUAGGAUACAUGGAAGUAUGAGGGAUUUACAUGUUUUUAAAUAAACCUGUAAACAAACAGUUUUAUUUAAUGUUUAUAAAAUUUUCCAGCCAGAACCCUUUCUUUACCGAUAGAAAGGGAGUGCAUAUUCGGUGUUUGAUCUUCUUUCAAACAGAUAUUGUUUGAGCAUAUGGAAUCACAGCUAUGUUGGCUGGAAGGGACUUCUGAGGGUCAUCUAGUCAAAGCUCCUGCUGGGAGCAGGACACUUGCUAGUGCUGGAUUAAGCCAGUCCCAGGUGUAGACCUUUGUACUUCUUUAAGUUUAUGAGGUUUCUGUUUUCCAGUUCUGCAGUUUCUCAGUGACCCUUUGAAGUGAAGCUGUACCAUUCAGCAUGUCAACCAUCCCUCUAAUUUAGUUUGCUGAUGGUACAUUCUGUCUCAUCAUCCAAAUUACCGAUACAUUUAUUGAACCAAAUCAGCCCCAAUAUCAACCCCAGGGUGGGUACUCUCACUGUUACUAGCCAGCAGCUGAAGCAACUUGAAGCCAUCAAGUCUUCAAUUCUGUCUGCCCAGCCAGUUUUCAACCACUCCAACAAUCCAUCUGGCCUCUUCUGCCUAAUGGGUACACUGUAGGGUAUGGUGUCAAAAGCCACACGACAGUCAAGUUGUGUUGUGUCCACUGCUGUCCCCUUAGCUGCAUGACCAGACUUUUCAUCACAGAGCUGGUGAUUCUGAAGACGGCCCAGUCGUCAUGGCUCAUGCUGCUAUUUAUGUGGGCUUCACUGUUCCUCAAUUACUGAGAGGUGCUAGCAGAAUUUUUCUCACUCGUUCUGAAUUGGUGGUAUUGAGGCACUCUGCUUUUUAUUACUGCACAGUGAACGGCACAAUAAAAUCAAAAAGGAAAAUGGAUCAUCUAGAGAGGACAGCAAAUAAUUUUCGCCAGGAGGUAAUCUCACAAGCAAAAGUGUGUGGAAUCACCAAUGAAUCGGAGACAGUCAAAAGACUUCGUUUGGCUAUCGCAAAUAAAGAUUUUACUUUUAAAGCAGGACAGUGGUCAGCUUCCUAUCAACUAGGAAGAGAUAUCUGCCACCGGAGGGCACUGCAGCUCAAUAGGGUUGAUUUCUUUAUUCCUGGAGUAUCUGUAGUUGGGGGAUUCUCAAUAUGUUCAAGCCCUGGCCUGUUGGAACGAGAAGGAAUAUUAGAGCUGGCAGUGAAGUACACUGUUCAUCCUCCUGCUCACUGGGUUCACACUGAGUGUGCUCUUGACUCAGAAGUGGCUCUUCGAGUGGGAGGUGAUUUCUUCUUUGAUCCUCAGCCCGGUGACUCCCCUGUAAAGCUAGUGCUGAUAGCAGGGGGUGUUGGAAUUAACCCAUUGUUUUCUAUACUGCUGCAUAUAGCAGAUCUUCAUGGAUACCAAGAGGGUAAAGCAAAUGGAUACAAAAUGGGAACAGCAAAGCUGUACUACAGUGCAAAAACUACAAGCGAACUCUUAUUUAAGCCUGCUUUAAGCACACACCAUUUUUGCAGAGCAGGAGGUAGCACUUCCCGCGUUUCACUUCAGCAGUGUUAUGACAGCAGAGCUUUUGCAUUAGAGCUUCUGGGGGAGAACACAAUGAUAUGUCACAGGGCUUCACAUAAAUCCUUCCCGUCAUUAUUCAUGCGCCCCUCAAAUCCAGAACAGAAGAAUAUUCUUGGUUUGAUGAAGGCACUUCCUGGAAAGAUCCAAUGUCGGUUCCACGUUACCCAGCAGAGCUCACAGAUCUGUAAAGAACUUCAGCCACAUGUUACAGAGGGAAGAAUAUCUGAAAAGGAUCUAGAAAAACACGUAUCUAAGGAUACUUUAUGGUACAUCUGCGGUCCACCUCCAAUGAUAGAAUCUAUAUCCAAACUCCUAUUUAACGUUGGUGUUUCCAGAAACUGUGUUUUCUUUGAGAAAUGGUGGUAGUGACACCUGCUGAACAGAGACUGCAUUAUUUGCCUCCAGUGUAUUUUGAUAAGCUGAGAUGGACUGUGAAUUACUUGGAAGAUUCUACUUAAUACGUGAAGAUGUCCUCAAUCACAAUGGUGUUCCUUUAAUUUAACUAUAAUAGAACUGUAAUAGUGCUGCUGCUUCGGGGGGAAAAAAAGUGAUUUUAUAUUAAAGACAUUAACUUCUGUGGUUUUGAUGGUUUGCUUACUUCUUAGGGGGUAGCAGCGUGUUUUCACUUUCUAUACUUGGUACUCUGCUUUAAAAAGACUUUCAGUGCCUGAUUCAGCAGCUGUAGCGAGCUAGUUGAGCAGCAAUGCCAGGUCAUUUUAUAAUAAAUUCAGGCCACAACUUCUGAAUCAGCUCCAAAUUGUUUUGCUAAUGAGUGAACACACUGCCUUCCCCAGUUCUAUAUAAUAAAUUAGUAUUUUUAUAGAAGUAGA